AUGUCUGACUUGCCACCACCACGUCUGCAACUUUUCAAACCACCAUUCUUCUCAACGGGAGAUGAUUGCUUCGGACCAAUGCAUGUGAAGGUUGGACAUCGCUCAGAGAAACGAUGGGGUUUGAUAUUUAAAUGUAUGACCACCCGUGCGGUGCAUUUAGACAUACUCAGGAGCAUGGACUCGGAUGCAUUCCUCAUGGCAUUUCGCCGCUUCGCUUCACUGAGAGGCAAACCUUACGAACUCAUCUCGGACCAAGGUUCCAAUUUCCGAGGGGCUAAAACAGAGUUGCAUGAGGCACUUGCAAGUAUGGAACCAGACCUUGCUGCACAACUGGCUCGCCAUAAGGUCAGAUUUGUGUUCAAUGUUCCUCAUGCACCACACUUCGGAGGUGUUUGGGAAAGAGAGAUUAAAUCUGUGAAAUAUGGCCUCCGAGUGGCACUAGGAGAUCAGACAGUGAAAGAACCUGUGUUACGUACCAUUCUAGCGGAGGUGGCAGUGAUUCUGAAUUCUAAGCCGUUAGCCUACGUUUCAUCAGAUGUCAGAGAUGUGGACCCAGUUACACCAAACAUCCUGCUGAUUGGCCGCCAUGAUGCUUCUCUUCCACAAGUUGUCUAUCCAGCUGAUGAACUAUUAAGCAGACGCAGAUGGCACCACAGUCAAGUUCUGGCUGACCACUUUUUGGUACACUUUGUAAAAUAUUAUCUUCCUGAUAUGCAGCUGCGCACAAAAUGGCAGAAAGAAAGACAAAACUUGAAGAUGAAUGACGUUGUCAUGAUAGUUGAUCCACAGCUCUUAAGAGCUCAGUGGCCUGUUGGUAGAGUCACUAAAACCUACCCCGGAACAGAUGGAUGUGUUCGCACUGCCACUGUCAGUGUGAAAGACAAGGAGUACACCAGACCAAUCACAAGACUCAUCCCACUACCGGAAUGUGCGGAUGACGAUAAUUGA